UGGUUGUGACAGUCGACCGACGCUCUCUCAACAGGAUGGCUGCUAGGUCUAACGGGACGAGAAUCCUCGCACAAGAGCUGGACUCGAAACCAGAGCAGAAAGUGCAGUUAAAAAAACAGAUCACACUUUUUCACUGCGUCUCUAUCAUUGUGGGUAUUAUUAUCGGAGCAGGGAUUUUUGUGUCGCCCGUGGGUAUUCUCUACAAUGUGCACUCUGUCGGCAUGUCUUGUGUAUUGUGGGCGCUGUGUGGAGUUUACUCAACGCUAUGUGCCCUGUGUUUUGCAGAACUUGGUGCUUCGAUUCCUGAAUCGGGAGGCGAAUAUGUGUACAUAAAACGUGCAUUUGGGGAUUGUCCGGCGUUCCUGUGUCUCUGGGUGAAUCUUAUCAUUCUGUGUCCCGUGGGCGUGGCCGCAGCUAGUUUGAUUUUUGCCACCUACACUCUUCGUCCCGUCUUCCCCGACUGCGAUCCCCCGUCUUCAUCUAUUAGGCUCCUCGCAGCGAUAAUCAUCAUCCUCUUGAUCGCGUUAAACUGCAUGAACGUGAAGUGGGCCACCAAAGUACAAGCUGUCAUCACCACCAGCAAACUCAUCGCUCUCUUUAUCAUCAUUAUCAUCGGAUUCAUGUGGCUUGGCAAAGGUGAGACUGCUCAGUUCGAGAACUCGUUUGAGGGCAGCGAUUACAGUGCAGGUGCCAUAGCUGUAGGUUUCUACUCUGGGUUCUGGGCCUUCGGGGGUUGGAACUACUUAAACUUCCUGUGUGACGAAGUGAUAGAUCCUCAUCGCAAUGUCCCUCGUGCUAUCGUUAUCUCCAUGACGAUAGUGACAAGCGUCUACAUCACGGCCAACAUCGCCUACUUCGCUGUGCUGACUCCGGCGGAGAUGCUCGACUCCACUGCGGUCGCUGUCACGUUCUCUGCCCGCACCGUGCCUGUUCUACAGUGGAUCAUGCCAGUGCUGAUAGCCGUGUCUGUGAUCGGAGCUAUGAACGGAUCCUGUCUCUCUAUGUCCAGGUUGUUUUUCGCUGGUGCUAAACACAAUCACUUGCCGAGUUUCAUAUCAAUGAUCACAUUGAAACAUCUCACGCCAGCGCCAUCUUUAAUAGUUAUUCUCAUCCUGACUCUCCUCAUGCAGUGUUUUGAGAAUAUAUUCUACCUAAUAGAAAUGAUGGGAUUUAGUUUUGCGACGGUGUUAUGUGCUGUACUGGCUGGUCAGGUGUAUCUUAGAUGGAAAGAACCAGAUAUGCCUCGCCCUAUAAAGCUCCCUGUGGCCAUACCUAUUUUCCUCUUCAUGGUCAGCGUGCUCAUCUUCAUAUUAACAAUAUACCAGAAGCCCAAUGAAAGCGGCGUUGCUCUUCUGCUGAUGCUGUUAGGUCUUCCUGUGUAUGUGAUUGGGACCGUAUGGUCGAAACCCGCGUCAGUUAAACACAAACUAGACUCCUUGACUAGGUUGAUACAGCUGAUAUUGAUAGUCCUUCCUGUGGACAAAGACGACAACUCGGACUGAGGCAAAAGUUGGAUCGUAUUUAUUCUUGUAUCACCGGCGUAAAUCAACAAAGAGACACAGCGAGCGAUGCGGAGUGGGGUUCGAGGGAGGCCGACAUUUCGCUGACUCAGCGAUGGGAUAAAAUGACGACCAUCAUCUUUUCGUGUUACGUGAUGCAUGACAUACGAUACUAAUCUAAACGCCAUACAAAGUGCACGGACCUUAGCCACAGGUUGUGUUCAGUUUAAUCCCCAAGAGAAGAGGCGAGACCAACGACCGAGGGAUUUUUACCUGUACCGCCAAACCUACAAACCUCAUUAUAAUGUCAGAAUUUUAAUCAAUGGCGUUAUUCCGAGGCACAUAUGUAAGUGGUGGGGGAAAUAUAUGGAAAGUAUGUAAUAAUAGCGUAGAUAUAUCCGUCCUGCCACUUUUGUGGCAAUGUGUUUGGUAUUAAAAUUAUUGACUGUAUAACGAGAUGCCAGUCGGUGUAAACAUGAUACUGUCCAAUCAUAACAGGGACAGUCGAACUAGGUACUCGUAGACUGGAUGGGUGGAUAGGGAGGGUGGACUGGCUGGGUAGAUGGAAGUGGAUGGUUAGCUGGGUUCUCUGGGUGGUGAAGCUGUGUGUGUAAGGUGGGUGGACAGGCUAGGUGGACUUGGUGGGUGGGUGGAUUUUGUGGGUUGGUGCACUGGCUGGGUGAACAUAGUGGGUGGAUUCGCUAGUUGGUUAAGCUGUGUGUACAGUGUGAGUGGACAGGAUAGGUGGACUUGGUGGGUGGAUGGACUUGGUGCACUGGCUGGGUGGACAUGGUGUGUGGAUUCGCUAGUUGUUAAGCUGUUUGUAUAGGGUGGGUGGACAAGCAGGAUGGACUUGGUGGGUGGAUGGACUUGGUGCACUGGCUGGGUGGACAUGGUGGGUGGAUUCGCUAGUUGUUAAGCUGUGUGUAUAGGGUGGGUGGACAAGCAGGAUGGACUUGGUUGGUGGAUGGACUUGGUGCACUGGCUGGGUGGACAUGGUGGGUGGAUUCGCUAGUUGGUUAAGUUGUGUGUAUAGGGUGGGUGGACAAGAUAUGUGGACUUGGUGGGUGGAUGGACUGGGUGGACGUGGUGGGUGGAUUCGCUUGUUAGUUAAGCUGUGUGCGUGGACAAGCAGGAUGGACUUGGUGGGUGGAUGGACUUGGUGCACUGGCUGGGUGGACAUGGUGGGUGGAUUCGGUAGUUGGUUAAGCUGUGUGUACAGUGUGAGUGGACAGGAUAGGUGGACUUGGUGGGUGGAUGGACUUGGUGCACUGGCUGGGUGGACAUGGUGGGUGAAUUCGCUAGUUGGUUAAGCUAUGUGUAUAGAGUGCGUGGACAAGCAGGAUGGACUUGGUGGGUGGAUGGACUUGGUGCACUGGCUGGGUGGACUUGGUGGGUGGAUGGACUUGGUGCACUGGCUGGGUGGACAUGGUGGGUGGAUUCGCUAGUUGGUUAAGUUGUGUGUAUAGGGUGGGUGGACAAGAUAUGUGGACUUGGUGGGUGGAUGGACUUGGUGCACUGGCUGGGUGGACAUGGUGGGUGGAUGGACUUGGUGCACUGGCUGGGUGGACAUGGUGGGUGGAUUCGCUAGUUGGUUAAGUUGUGUGUAUAGGGUGGGUGGACAAGAUAUGUGGACUUGGUGGGUGGAUGGACUGGGUGGACAUGGUGGGUGGAUUCGCUUGUUAGUUAAGCUGUGUGCGUGGACAAGCAGGAUGGACUUGGUGGGUGGAUGGACUUGGUGCACUGGCUGGGUGGACAUGGUGGGUGGAUGGACUUGGUGCACUGGCUGGGUGGACUUGGUGGGUGGAAUCACUAGUUGUUAAGCUGUGUGUAUAGGGUGAGUGGACAAGCAGGAUAGACUUGGUGGGUGGAUGGACUUGGUGCACUGGCUGGGUGGACAUGGUGGGUGGAAUCGCUAGUUGUUAAGCUGUGUGUAUAGGGUGGGUGGACAAGCGGGAUGGACUUGGUGGGUGGAUGGACUUGGUGCACUGGCUGGGUGGACAUGGUGGGUGGAUGGACUUGGUGCACUGGCUGGGUGGACAUGGUGGGUGGAUGGAC